ACUCCAUCACCAGCACUACAUUCUCUGCACACCGUAACCAGAAAUAGCUAUCUUCCGUCAUGGCCCACGCAUCUACUUCCGCCGAUCUGUCGAUUGGCAACAUCUUCAACUACAAGAACCAUGUCGUCUUGGUCACCGGCGGCUCAACCGGCCUCGGCGAGAUGGCUGCGCAAGGAUUCGUCCAGAAUGGCGCCAAGGUCAUCAUUGCCAGCCGCAAGAAGGCGGAGCUGGAGAAGACGUCGAGUCGUCUGAACAAACUCGGUCCCGGAUCUUGUGAUUACAUCGUCGCCGAUCUGAAGGACAAGGCAGGAUGUCUGCAGCUAUGCGCCGAUGUGAAGAAGAAGACGGAUCGUUUGACCGUACUCCUGAACAAUUCUGGCUCUACAUGGGGAGCUCCAUACGACGACUUUCCCGAGAGCGGUUGGGACAAGGUCUACUCCCUCAACGUGAAAUCCAUCUUCUACGUCACUGCAGGCCUCGAUGCCCUCCUCAAGAAGGGUGCAACAGCCGACCAUCCGAGCAGGGUGAUCAACAUUGCCUCAAUGGCCGGCGUCCAGACCACGGACGUCACCUCGGGCGCCGAAGGUGGCCUCGCCGCCCCAGGCCACGGCACCUUCUCCUACGGCCCGAGUAAAGCGGCCUGUAUCCAUCUUACCAAGAUGCAAGCAAGCAAACUCAUGCCAGACCAUGUCACGGUGAAUGUCAUCUGUCCUGGCGUCUUCCCGAGUCGAAUGACGCAGUACGGGUUCGAGGAGGCCGGGGAUUUGCUGGUGUCCGGACAGCCGUCCGGCAGAGUUGGGAAGCCGGAGGAUCUUGCAGGUCUGGUACUGUUCAUCAGCUCGUUGGGUGCAGCACAUAUGACGGGCAACGUGUUUGAGCUCGAUGGAGGUAGCACGCAGAGUGGCUUCAGAUCCAUACAGAAGGGCAAGUCGAAGAUUUAGACGACACGUUAGUUCAUGCGUCCGAUUUGUACGCCAUUUCGAAAAGCACUAGGUCUGAUAACACCAAGUUUAUUGGCAUGUUGUACAUUCUCG